CAGCUCUAAACUGUUUACCAUGAACCCGAUCAGAUUCAUAGGAAGGCAAACUGGAAAGAAACCAAUUGUUGGAUGCAUUCGCAUUGUUUCUGGUUUGUGUUCAUAUCAAUACAUGCGCACAGAUUUUACGAUUCAGAGAAGAGACGGAGAUGUUAAUGGAGUAAUCAAUAUGCGAGAGAUAUGGAAGAUACAAUCUCUUGCACUGAGACGAAACAUCACCAACAGGCUUGGUCCAAGUAAACGAUGCUGAGCACGCCACACUUCAUAUGUUGUCUACAAGGAGUAUGACCUGGUAAAUAAUAUUACAUUCUGCAACUUGUCUUUUCCUUUUUCAUACAGAGAAAUGCUUUUUCUUACACACACACAUUCCGUUUUCUUUCAUUAUCUCGGAUCAAAAGCUCAAUGGAGAGAAAGUUAUUCUUGAUUCAAAGCCUGAUAUGGGUGAUGGUAGUGUUUGGGCAGAUACGUGAACACCAGAGCUGUAUUGAGAAGGAAAGGAAGGGUUUGUUGGAGCUCAAGACAUCCCUGCUGCUCUCUGCAGGGGACAAAAUCCUAGCUAGCUUUGAAGAUUCUUUUGAUACUUGGAGUAAUAACACAGUGAGCGAUUGUUGCAAAUGGGAGAGAGUUAAGUGUAAUCGUACGACUAGACGGGUUCUUGGCCUUUCCCUCCAUGAACUUCAAUUUAUAGAUUCUCCUCUUCUUAAUCUUUCCUUGCUCUAUCCCUUCGAAGAGCUCAAAUCUCUGAACUUAUCUGUGAGAUGGUCCAGUGGAUUCAGUGGCUUGGUCGAUGAUUUGGAAGGUUAUAAAAGUUUAAGGAGAUUAAGAAAACUAGAGGUUCUGGUUCUCUCUUCAAACGUGUUUAACAACAGUAUCUUACCCUAUCUCACCUCUGCAACAUCACUUACAACUUUGUUUCUUCGGGGUAACCAAAUGGAUGGUUCUUUUCCUAUGAAAGGUUUGGAUUUCAAUUUCUGGGAAGAUGUAAAUUGUACAACAGUUCAUGUUUUAUUCUCUUUCUUAUUACUACUCUCUUGGGGAUCUUUUCCAGAACUUAAAGAUCUGACAAACUUGGAAUUUCUGGACCUGAGUAGAAACAUGUUUAACGGCUCCAUACCAGCAAAAGAGUUAGCUGACCUGAAAAAGUUAAAAGUUCUGGAUCUAAGUGGUAAUGAAUUUUCUGGCUCAGAAUUUCAAGGGAUUUGCGAGUUAAAGAAUCUGGAAGAGCUCGACCUCAGCCGAAACAAACUCAUGGGUGAGUUUCCAAUAUGUUUAACCAGCUUGACUAGACUUCGAGUUCUUGAUCUCUCAUCUAACCAGAUGACUGGGGAAGUGCCAUCUGCCAUCAGUAGCCUAACAUCGCUUGAGUACUUAUCGCUGUUCGAUAACGAAUUCCACGGCUUCUUCUCUUUGGGUUGGCUUUCUAACCUUACAAAGCUUAGGGUACUCAAGCUUUAUUCCAAAUCCAAAUCAUUCCAAGUAGAGUCAGAAGGUUCAUGGAAGCUAGAGUUUCAGCUAUAUGUUAUUGCACUACGGUCUUGUAACUUGGGAAAGCUUCCUCAUUUUCUCCUACACCAGAUAGAGUUACGUCUAGUUGACCUAUCCAACAACAGACUUCAUGGACUAUUCCCUUCUUGGCUGAUGGAGAACAAUACAAAUCUUGAAGUUCUGAUUCUACAGAAUAACUCGUUUACGAACUUCCAGCUACCUAUAUCUGCUCAUAAACUGCUUCUUCUGGAUGCCUCAGCUAAUGAGUUAAGCCAACCUUUUCCUGAAAACAUUGGGUGGAUACUUCCUAAUGUACGGCACCUUAACCUGUCAAAGAAUAGUUUACAGGGGAAUCUGCCAUCUUCUCUAGGUAACAUGAAAAAUAUGUACUUUUUGGAUCUAUCUCGCAAUGGUUUCUACGGGAAGCUUCCAAGGAGUUUAACAUUGGGUUGUUAUUCAUUGAUGUUCCUUAAGCUUUCAUACAACAAACUUAGCGGCCACAUUUUUCCAGAGCCAGCAAACUUGACUUCCUUGAUUGUCCUGACUUUGGAUAACAACCAAUUUGAGGGGAAGAUUGGAGAUGGCUUGCAGAACUCGAGUUCCAUAUCUGUGCUUGACUUGUCGAAUAACUAUCUCACUGGUGUUAUUCCUAGUUGGAUUGGCAACUUUUCCAGACUGUACAUGCUCCUGAUUUCAAACAAUCUUUUAGAAGGUCGAAUACCUGUUUCUUUGUUUAACAUAACUGAUAUUUCUCUGUUGGACCUCUCUGCAAACAGAUUGGAUGGUGACAUCCCUCCACACCUCAACUCUUACUCGGGAUUCUUGUUCCUGCAAGAUAAUAAUUUAUCAGGGUCUAUCCCAGACGCAUUACUGGACAAUGUCUCCAUACUUGAUCUAAGAAACAACAGAUUGUCUGGUAAUAUCCCCGAGUUCGUCAACACCCAAAACAUCAACAUUCUUCUUCUGCGGGGCAAUAAACUAACUGGUCAUAUUCCUGUCCAGCUGUGUGGCUUCAGCACCAUUCAACUUUUGGAUCUUUCCAACAACAGGUUAAAUGGAGCCAUACCUUCAUGUUUUAGCAAUAUAUCAUUUGGUUUGUGGAAAGAAGAUGAGGCGUAUGUUUUUGGUAAUAAAAUAAGUUUCGGGUCUAUUUUUUCCUUUGGUGGUUUGGGUUUGUACUGGGACUUCUUUUCCGAGGAAGAUUUAGGCAUGUAUUAUAGAUCUAAUAAGCUUAUGCUAGAUCCGUUUAUUGUAGACUACACAGCAGACAGUGAGAUAAAAGUUCAGUUUGCAGCAAAGAGGAGAUAUGAUUUCUACAUGGGUGGAACUCUUGGAUAUAUGUUUGGACUGGAUCUCUCUCAGAAUGAGCUAAGUGGUGAGAUCCCAGGAGAGCUUGGAGAUCUAGAUGAAAUACGAGCACUGAAUCUUUCUCACAAUCAUUUAUCUGGUGUCAUCCCAGAGAGUUUCUCCAAAAUGAAGGAUUUAGAAAGCCUAGAUCUUUCCUUCAACAUAUUACACGGCCACCCGAGCCAGCUAACAAAGCUAAGCAGUCUUGCUGUCUUUAAUGUCUCUUACAACAACUUAUCAGGUAUCAUUCCAGUGAAAGGGAAGUUUAGCACCUUUGAUGAAACCAGCUACAUUGGUAAUCCUCUUCUCUGUGGACAACCAUCCAAUAGAAGUUGUAAUAAUGACACUUUGAAAGAAACGCCAGCGGAUGUUGGAGAAGACAAAGAAGAUACGAUUGACAUUGUGUCUUUCUGCUGGGGCCUUUUUGCAGCCUAUGUGACAAUACUGCUAGGGAUACUUGCUUCACUCUCUUUUGAUUCUUCGUGGAGCCGAACUUGGUUUUCUAUUGUUGAUGCUUUCAUCCAUAAAGUGAAAAGACUUUCUGUCAGGUUCUAAGUUCUAACUCUUGUAUAUGUCUCUUCUUUUUGCUUUUAUAAUCUGAUGGAAUGUGAAAUAUUAUAUGGCUUGUAAUUCAUGUAUUGUAGCUCCCCAUUAGAGCAUAACCUGUGUUAUAUUCCUAUGUUAUACUUAUUGUCUGUUCCUCUGUGUUUUGAAGAACUGUAACGUUUCAAACUUGUUUUUAAUGCAUAAUCCGAGUAUUUAUAUA